AUGCCCUCGAUCGCAGCACCUGCCGCGCUUUCCACGCUGCGUGUUAGCAAGCACUUUAUACCUUCGCAUGACCGCCUGCCAAACAGUUCCAUCCUGCAGAAGCCACUCCUCAUCUACCAUUCUGUGUUCGCCAAUGCCUCCGCCUCAGCGAUAGAAUCUCACCUGACUUCUGUCGGCGUCGUUGACCCCCAGUGGCGGUACUCCAUGUACGCCACGACCCACUUCCACAGCAACACCCACGAAGUCCUUUGCAUCUGCUCCGGCAGCGCGAGGCUGUGUUUUGGGGGAGAAGAGAACCCACAGAGAGUCGAGCCUGCAGUCCAGGCGGGUGACGUCCUCGUCUUGCCAGCUGGUAUGGCACAUCGGCUGCUAGAUGAUACGAGUGCUGGCACGAAGUUCGAGAUGGUCGGCUCCUAUCCGAAACGAUACGACUGGGACAUGUGCUAUGGGAGGGAAGGGGAAGAGACACAGGUGAAGGGUAUAGCAAAGGUGCCGUGGUUCGAGAAAGACCCAAUCUAUGGCGACCAAGGCCCGGUGCUUGACGUCUAG